AUGGCAGAUUCCUCUGUAACCGAUCCUCAAGUUGCUGCCGACCUCAAGAAGAAGAGAACCUUCCGUACGUUCUCGUACCGUGGUGUUGAGCUUGAAAAGCUCCUUGAUUUGAGCAAUGAAGAUCUCGUCCACGCCCGUGCCCGUCGUCGCUUCCAACGUGGUCUCAAGCGUCGCCCAAUGGGCCUCAUCAAAAAGUUGCGCAAGGCCAAAAAAGAGGCACCUCCCAAUGAGAAGCCUGCUGUCGUCAAGACGCAUCUCCGUGACAUGAUUAUUGUCCCUGAAAUGAUUGGAAGUGUCGUUGGUAUCUACAACGGAAAGGUCUUCAACUCUGUGGAAAUCAAGCCUGAAAUGACUGGUCACUAUCUUGCCGAGUUCUCUUGCUCCUACCGGCCCGUUAAGCACGGUCGCCCUGGUAUCGGUGCCACGCAUUCAUCUCGUUUCAUUCCUCUCAAGUAA